UCAGAAUAUCUCAAUGUUUGUACGCUAAAUAUCACCCAUUCACCAAACCCAAUGUCCUCCGUUUUACUCACGUAAUUACUACUACUUUCAUUAAGCACCCAAAUCAAUAAAUGAUCUCUCAACUUAAAAUAAAGGAAAAAGUGAAGGAAUACAGAAAUUACUCUACUUAUAAAACCUUUUUUCUCGUCACUCAUUAUCAUAUAUACUCCAGCUCCUUCUUACACUAUACAGCUUUCUCGUUCCAUCUCCACUUCUUCAACUAGUAGCUUUAUAGUUUGUUCUCUGUCUUAUUGUCUGAACAAGAUUUUACUUUUUGUUUUUCUUCUUCCAAUCAGCCAUGGAUGAGCUGUAUCAUCUUCACUCAAGUUGUAGUGGUUAUUCUAUGCAGCAAGUUGUGCCGGAGAAUAUGGUUGUUGCUGGUGGUUAUCAUGGCGGCUUUUCUGCGUCACCGGGGAUUUCUUUUCCGUUUCUAGGUUCGGAGCAGUUGUUUCAUGGUUCUUCUGCUGUAUCGGAUGCCGCCUCUAUGGUGGCCGAGAUGCAGAGAAGUGGUGGUAGUUCAGAGGAGGAGGUUUCUAGUGCUAUUAGGGCUAAAAUUGCUUCUCAUCCUCUUUAUCCCAAAUUGCUUCAGUCUUAUAUUGAUUGCCAGAAGGUGGGAGCUCCGCCGCAGAUGGCGUAUAUAUUAGAAGAAAUCCGGCAAGAAACUGAUCUUUCUAAGAGGCCCACCGCUAUAACCUCUUGCUUAGGUGCAGAUCCUGAGCUCGACGAGUUCAUGGAAACCUACUGUGACAUUCUGGUGAAAUACAAAUCGGAUCUCUCCCGGCCGUUCAACGAAGCGACUACUUUCUUGAAUGAUAUUGAAGCACAGUUAAAUAGCCUCUGCAACACUACUACUACUACUACAGCUUCUUCAAGAACUCAUAUUUCCGAUGAAGCUGCUGGUUCAUCAGAUGAAGAUGUCAGUGCCGGAGAGGUAGAGGUACAAGAUUCAGCUCGAGCAAACGAAGAUCGAGAGCUCAAGGAUAAAUUGUUGCAGAAAUAUAGCGGUUACAUAAGUAGCCUGAAGCAUGAAUUUUCCAAAAAGAAAAAGAAAGGAAAGCUACCAAAGGAAGCAAGGCAAAUCCUACUCAACUGGUGGAACAUUCAUUACAAAUGGCCAUAUCCAACGGAAGCGGAUAAGGUUGCGUUGGCGGAUGCGACUUGUCUGGAUCAGAAGCAGAUUAAUAAUUGGUUUAUUAAUCAAAGGAAACGACAUUGGAAGCCAUCGGAGAAUAUGCAGUUUGCGGUUGUGGACAGUAUAUAUGGACCGUUUUUCAUGAAUGACUAAGAACAUUGGCUUUGUACAUUCUUUUUGAUAAAACUUGCAGCUAAUGCCUAAUGAAAUUAAACGCUACCUUAUUGCUUUGAUUAA